CCUUCUUCCCAUCGUCGCAGUGAAGAAGAAUUACCCUGAGUUCGAAGAUUGCCCUGAAGUUCUAAUUGAAGAUCAACCUUUUUGAAAGCUUUUGGGGGGUUGUUGUGUUCUCAAUUCCCGACCAUGAGAGGAACGAAGCGAUUCGCCGCGUCCGAGUCCCGCUUCUUAACCAGCGACGCAUUCUCAGUUCCUUUGCAGAACCAAAGCAAGAGACUUUUGGAUGGGUCACUUUUUGAUUCUCAAAGGGCAGAGCCAUCCCAGCAGCUGUCAGUUUCUUCCCCACAGUUGGAUAUGCGGAGGGCUGAAUCAUCCAGGCAACAUGUCAGGGCUCUCAAUAAUCAGUUUGCAAGCUGGGUGCAAACACAAUUGCAGAACCACCCUGAUGAACUAUGGGAAGAUGGUGUCCAAGACUAUUUAACCCAUGCUUCAUCCAUUAUGGAAAAAUUUAGUGAUGUUGUAAACUGGCUGAAAGCAAAUGGUGCCAAAGGAGCAACCACUUCCUUGCUAGGAUUUCAGUCAGCUCCAAAGACAGCAGUCACAUCUGAAAAUAAAGAAAACAAGAGUACCUCCUUUCUGGGAUUUCAAACAUCUCAAAAGCCAGUUGCCUCAGAAAAUAAGGAAAACAAAAGCACAUUAUUUCUGGAAAAACAACCUCAUAUUCCUGAAGCUAAUGCAUCUUCAUGUUUUGGCACUUCCUGGAAUUCGGGACCUAUCUUUAACAACAAGACUCCAUUUUCAUUUGGACCUCAGAGUACAGUUGUGCAACCUCAAAAUGCAGUGACUGCAAACAAUGACAUUUCAAAUGAUGCAGAUGAAGGUGAAAUAGAGCAGCCAGACAGUCCAUCCGUAAAGAAGGUCGAAGAGAUUGGGGUCACUGUUGUCCAUGAAGUCAAAUGCAAACUUUAUGUGAAGUCAAGUGAUCCAGCAGACGAAGAUGCAUGGAAAGAUAGAGGCACAGGUCAGCUAUCUAUAAAAUGUAAAGAAGGUGCUAGCAAGGGUACCCGUGAAUCCAAACCCACCAUUCUCAUUCAAAAUGAUGUUGGAAGGGUGAUGCUCAAUGCAUUACUAUAUCCGGGCAUCAAGACGAACUUGCAAAAAAAUUCACUCGUUUCAAUAUUCCACACCGCGGAAGGGGAGAACGGCAGCAGUGUUGUCGCACAGACAUGUUUGAUUAGAGUGAAAUCUGUAGAGGACAGAGAUAAGUUGGCAGCAAUAAUCCAGGAGUGUGCUCCUGCUUCAUGAGAACAAUGGAGUAAAACCACUGUUGUAUUAUUUUUUUUCUUUUUUUUGUUUGAGCUCCGACGGAAUACUCACAUUUUAAGAUGGGAUUUUUGUUCCCCAAUGAGGAUGUUUUUGGAUUCAUUAACAAGUAGCCUGGAAAUUACCUUUUUUUUUAGAAUGAUGAAUAUUGACAUCCAAACAAGCCAAUAAAUUGCACAUUUGCAUUGCCCCCUCCACUUCCUAUCAGUGUUUUUUGUUUUCUUAAAAAUGCCCAAAACUUUGUGAUCAAACAAGAAUCGCAAUUCUCUCAAAUAAGAGAUCACAUGUUCAAGCUCCGAGGGUCUUUUUGGUGUUUCAACAAGUUAAGAAAGUAUGGGUUAAUAU